CUUCCUGUUCCGGCGCUUGCUUUGCCCUUGCUCGGUCUGCUUCUGGGACGAUUUUCGCGAUCGGAAUUUGAUUGGCGUAGCUGUAAUUUCCAGCGGAGAGGCUGAAAAAUGGUGUUCAUUCCACCUGACGAGUCUCCGCUUUUGUUUAUAUAUGAAGUAUUGCAGCGGGAGCGAGAGAAAAGGGGCUGGGGUCCGCUGAGCUACUACCGGUCACCCGCCGAUGAUGAGGGCAUCGAAAAAUUGGGAUUCCUUUCGUUCUAUGCAAUGAAGUUCGGUGCAGCAGCGGGUUUGACUGAUGGAAUUCUGAUUACCGAAGCAUCGACCUUCAGGCACUUUGCGGGACGUGUAGGUUUCUGGACAGUUCCAUCGGUGUUGUCUUGCGGUGCAUUCGUGGCCACAAAUCACGCCCUGGCGAAGGUCACUGGCAAGGACACGUGGUACAACCACGCGGUUGGUGGUGUUGCUGCUGCUGCCGUGUGGGGAGGGGUGUUCAAUAGCUACAAGGUUGGAUUUCCUCUCAGUCUACUCUUUGCCGCGUGGUUUGCCGUUAAGAAGUGGUCAGUCGACAACGACGUGAGCCUGACUGGAGCCGAUUCAAAGUAUCCAGAGUUCUUCUAUCCUGCACAGAAGUUCGACUUCUCCAUCAUGAAAGCGCCAUAGUCGAGCAGCCAUGCCACUGCCUUUGUCUUCUUGUGCGCAGGGCCCUGUGCCCUGUUGUAGAAUAAAGCCAAUGUGAAUACCAUG